AUGGCAAAUAAAUAUUUUCAGACAUCAAGUCGCUACAAUGAGACUGUUGCUGUUGGCGAAAGAAAUCAUCAGCGACAUGCAACACCGAUUGAGUGUGUGAACUUUAGUCCGAAACUCUACAGAAAAAAUGAACCACCGGAACUUCAAGACAGUUUUAAGAAUCGAGAAAAGGUUGAAAAUGAUCAGAAUGAUCUCACGAAAGUGCCAAACAAGAAUGAUUUAUUUUCGGCCGACAUCGACUUUAUGAAUAAUUAUCUUAAAAGCCUUCCCGACUAUAGCAAUAUAAAUCAGAAACCUUUCAAUCCUUCGACAGUAAGAUUACGGGAACAUCCAACGCCGAAACCAUUCUACAUACCAGCUGCAAAUGAGCACAGUUCGAAGAGUUCUCACAAAAGUUCAAUUCCGCAAAGUCCAAAAAGCCAAAGAAAGCAAAUUAAUCCGCUGUCAAAGUCUAACUCGAUUCAUACAUUCAGCAAGCGAAAUAUCGGUCAAAGCAUUGAAAAGGAAGCGACGACGUGUGUUGAUGAACAAAAGAAUAAAAUUAGUCGAAGCACGUCGAGCACGACGAUACCUGUGAAAGAGACAAGUGACUUGAUGGGGUUUAUGAAGAAGCCUUCAUCAUUAAUGAAUAUUUUCAAGAAACUUGGAUCACAAAAUCCGCCCAACACGCAACCAAAGCCAGCCAACAACACAAAUAAUAGCAAUUCGAGAAAAAAUGUUCAUGAUUUUAAUAAAACACCACCGGGGAGUAGAACGAAAAAUUUGGGAGAUUUUUGGAAUGAAAAUUUGCAACAACAAAGUUCAUCUAACAAUAAAUUUGGUUGGAAUUAUCAAAAGAUUAUGCCGCAGUUUACCCAAAAACAGCAAUCGAUUGAGAAGUUAAAACAAGGCCCACCAACAAGUCCACUUUUUAGGAAGAAAUUUGAACCAAACGAGCCAAAACCAGCGCUUUCAAAUCUUACUAAAAUUAUUGCAAAUGAAACAAAACCACAAAUAACGCAAGUUCAGCAACAGCAGCAGCAGCAACAGCAAAACCAUCAAAUAUCUCAACCACCACAACCAGUUCAUUCUCCUCCAAUGCAGAUUCAUGAACAGCCACCACAAUUUAUUCAACAAUCACAGCAACCUCCACAGUUGCAUCAUCAACAUCAUCAGCGUCAUCAUCAUCAUCACCAUCAUGUACAUUCACAACCUUUCCCUAAAAAUCAGUCGAUUAACUUUUAUACGAAACAAAUGACUGACAGCCCAAAGCUACAAAGAAGUGCAAGGGCGAUGAAUGAUUUAGAUCACGAACAGCAGCUACUCAAAUCGUCUUCCAAUAGUCACAUUUACAUGAAUCAAGACGAUCCAAACUACUUUAAAAACUUACAUAAAAUCACGAAAUCUUUGGAUAAUGCGACAAAAGCGUCUUACAAGCGUAGCAUUUCAAACACGAACGUUCCAAGCUAUUUAUCUUCAAGUCCGCAACAAGGCCACAUGUUUUUUACUCCACCAAAUCAAACACCAUUGAUGAUGAUGCAUCCGUCAUCUGCUCCAAUAAGUUUUUAUCCGCCGAUCAUUUACAAACCGCCACAAGACUUUCACCAAAGAUCCGGAUCGAAAACUAAUAUUCCGCUCUGUUUUAAGCACCCGCUUAACAGAAGUUCCUCCAACACUUCGAUGAUGACGAGCUAUAACGGUACAACGAUAGGAUUUUACAGCGUACAUGACCCUUUGCUGUGGCAAAAUACGCCAUCGCUUCAUCACAUUAACAAAAGCUCUUCGAGUUCAUGCAUUUAUGCAAAAACAUUAAGUCAACCAACGCACUUGUCGAAGAACAAUGAUAUCUUCUCGAAGUACAAGCCAAUUGUGUCUGAUGACGAAGUUUCUGAGUCAGAUGAUGAAGACACAAGCAAACAUAGCAACCCUUCGAAAAGUUCAUUCACAUCAGUUAACAACAAUAAGAAAGUUCCUGCACCAGCUCCGUUCAGAAAAGCCUCGAUUAAUAAUUAUCCGCCAUUUACGAAGAACAAUUCCAUUCAGAUUCCAAUAAAUGGACAAUUACCGUCAGCUUUUAAAAGCAGUAGCAAUAGCAAUAUCAAUAGUAAUACUAAUGCUAUCGAUAUACCGACGCCCAAAGUUCACAUGGAGGCGAAUAUUGAACAAAAUUCCAACGAAAUUUAUUGCUCAAAUGGAAAAAAUUCUCGAACCUCUUCGAUCACAAUUAACUCGAAUGCAAGUAAACCUUUGCAAAUGACAUCAUCCGCUUCAACCAUAAAAAAUUCCUGUAAUCAAAACAGCAACAUUUUUUACAAUUUCAUGAACCCGAUGGCCGCGACACAAACUCCAAGCACAAAUCAAAUGCAUUUGCAGCAGCAGCAACAGCAGCAGUCAAACGAUAGUGUAGGCUGUUAUACUCCCUUUAUUUAUACGAAAUAUUUAUCAGACAGAAAAUAUUUCGAUGUGGCUAUGAGCGAUGGCAUGAGUGUUUGUGGUGUUGUGAAACCAGAACAAAGGCGUACAUCAAAAAUACCAACAUUAUCAGAGCAACACAAAGCAGCGGUGAAACCAGUGGAACCAAAACAUGCGACGAAAUUAUGCGAAGUGAAAGACGAUGAGAAGAAGACAAACAUUGAAUUCUUUCCUGCUGUUGCUGUUGUUGGAAAUAAUUCGAGCACAAAAGCACCUAAUGAAAGUAUUGUUGCUGAUUCGAAAGAGAUUUUAAGUGCUUUCGAUCCUUAUUUCAUUGAAGAAUCUAUUUUACAACCCUCAACAAGUAAUAAACUUCAUCAACUUUUGACAACAGUGGCAAAUGAAUGGAACAGUUGCGAUCAAGUCACACCAACAACCCCAUCACUAAUGAUGAAUAAUUGCAAAGCGUAUCAAGGUGAUCGUUACGGAUCGAGUCAGUACGAGGUAGUGGAAAAAAAGAUUUUCAUUGCUUCUUCGCUUUUAUGGACUCACAAAAAAAAACAAAUUAAAAUUGCUUGA